AUGGGGGCAAAGAGAUGCCGCUGGAGGGAACGCCGCCCUGGCCUGGGUAGUGGAGUUGGGCAACAUCUCCAGAUGUUGCAAGGGGCUCACAACUGCCCUGGGAUUUCUUCGGCCCGGUGCCUCGCAACCGUUUUGAAGACUUUCUUUGCAAAACCUUGGUCCUUCCUUAAGGCGAGGCCAACAGCUGGAAGGGGGCUCUGGGUGAGUGUUGGGGAAGCCUAUCUACAGACGGCGCGCGGCCCGCGGGCUCUCGGGCCAUUGAUCCGUCCGUCCUCUCUCUGUUUGCUCUUCCAGGUGCCCACCAUGCGGGAGGCGCGGCGGGGCUGGCCCAGGGCCGGCGCUGGCGGGGGCUGCUACGGCUACCUGGGCCUGUGCUUUCUGUUGCUAGGAGGGGGCGGCGCGGACCUGUGCCUGGGUCCUGCGUGCGACGGCGGCGGGGGGGACCCCGAGCCUCCGCAGCCCAAAGCCCCGUGCCUGCACCCGGGGGGAGCCCGCUGCCCGGGGAGAGCCGGCCGGCCGUCGAGCUCCUUCCUGCACGGCGCCUCGGCAGGCCGCGGUCAAGCCCAGGUCAAGCAGCCGCUGCAGCCGGCCCCGGCCCGGGGCUCCUCUUCUGCUUCCUCGGUCCAGCCCCGGGUCGCCGCAGACCCCAAGCCGCAGGCGCUGGAGCGAUUCGCCGCCAGGGGCGCGCUGGAGCUGACGGCCCCGUGCGUCCCGGGAGCCGACUGUGCCGCCGCCGUCGGGGCUCCCAACGCCACGGCUCCUGGCUCCCGGGACUGCAAGGGCCUCGAGUGCCGGCUGCCCCCGUUGAGGCUGGCGCGCCAGAAGCACCGAGCCGGAGGCCGGGCCCCUGCCCUCCAGCAGCAGGGCGAAGGCUGCACGGGGGCCAGGCCAGGGCCGGGGCCAGGAGAGCCCACCCUGGUCCGGGUCACCGAGCGAGCCGCUCAGUUCAUCGGGGAGGUGACCCCAGAGCUGGCCCACCCUGCCCCUGAGCUGGGGGGCGCAGGCCUUGGCGUGCAGCUUACCUGCGACAUCAGGCCAGGAGAAAAUGAGGUUCCUUCUGAAGAUGCACUUAUCCUACAACUGCAGCUUGCUAAAGGACAAGAAAAAUUUGUUGAGAUGCUAAAAAGCCAGCAGAAAGUAAUUGCUGAUUUGCAGCACAAACUCACCGAGCAACAGAACAUGUUGAUUAGCCAGCAAACAGAAAUCCUAGAACAACAGAAGAAAAUGUAUGAGCAAAUGAAUCUCAUUAAGGUCCAGUACAGCAUGCUUUUUGACACAGUGAGACAAAUGUCAUUCCAGAAUUUGCAGGAGGAUAUCCAGCAUUAUUUUCAAACUCACCUUCAAGGACUUCAAAACCAGGUCAGAAAUCAUCUGCAGAAGUCAUACUCUGUGCAUAAGGUUGAAGUUGAUGCAAAAAUGAUUGAUGUUGGAGAAACUUCACUGGACUGUGGCCUUUGUGAAAGUGAUGAAUUUUGCAAUUUCCAGAAGACUCCCUCUCAGUGUGAAAAAUGCACUCUUUGCCCUGCUGGCUUUUUCCAAAUGUCUGAAUGUUCUGCAAAUACUGACCGGAUUUGUCAGGACAGGGAUGAAUGCAUUGAAUCUCCAAAUAUUUGUGGUGAAAGAAUAAAAUGUCUGAACACCCCAGGUGGCUUCCGAUGUCUGGGCAUUGCGGAGAAGGAUGCCUCUCUUGGGUUUUGCGGGGAUGGUUAUUUCUUCAAUAGGGAAGUGCAAGAAUGCCAGGCAUGUUGGGAGUGUGAAGACGGAAUGGUGGCUCUCCCCUGCUCUGCAGUUAGUGACACCGUCUGCGCGGCAGCCAGUGAAAGCCGGCUCACCAAGUCUUGGGCUGCAGAUCUCCAGCUGCCCUCAGCAAAGUCUGCCUCUGUUCAGGUCUAUCCUGGCUUAAACCUUAAGUUAAAAGGGAAGAUGAAAUUCGAUAUCGCCUUCAUCGAGGACAACAAGCUCGUCUUCAGGCAGCAUGGCUUACUCUGGGUUGACCUCAACUUCGCUGUGAAACACAACUGUAGGAACUUUCUCCAGCUCUCCCUCAAGUCAAAUAGCAGCGAGGAGGGGUCUGAGCUCAGCGGGGUUCGCAUCGAACAGCCAGAAGGAAAGUAUUUCCAGAGCGCGAGCUUAAGUAGUGCCGCCGAAGUGGAGCCACGCCAGACCCUGGCCGUGUUCUUGAGAAGCCCAAAUCAGUUCUGCAACCAAAGCAAAGACUUGAACGUGUAUGACCUCCACACACCACUCAGCUUGUUCUGGUUGUCCCAUGACACGGGGGCGGUAGCCAUGAGUGCACAGAUGUCCACAGCUACGCACUACCAGACCAACUACCGCCCUACGUUUAAAAUUAAUUCUGUUUCUGACCCGUACAUGAUAAGCUUAUCUCACGACGGAAGAGGCAUAAGGUUCACCGAAGCUGGUGUCAUCAAGUUUGUUUUCCACCAGGCACUGUACUCCAUGGGUCACACUUGUGUCCGAGAAGGGUUUUCCUUGAUUUCCUACAUCGGCAGGAACGGUACCAACGUAGAACUGAUGAACACAUUCAAAUCUGGAGUAAAUUACCGAGACACUUCUCUGUCUGCCUCUGGGGCAACUAGAGUCCAGGCUGGAGAUCAGAUUAACUUUGAGAUUUUUUCGCCAGCUCAGUGUAGCGUUCGCUACUUUGGGGACAGCUCGGGCGUGAGUACAUUUAGCCUCAUCUGGAUCCCAUCUGCAGUUUCUACUGCUCUUUCAGCCACUGUUUCCACUACAGGCCUGCCUACUGGAGCUGUCAGGAACAAAUUUUUGGAUUUCAAACUUGUCACAUCCAAUGAGAAACAGAUACAGCUGGUUUCUUCUGGAAAGUUUGCUCAGAGGUAUUUCAUAUUUACAGAGAAGGGAGUUGCCAGUGUUGCUUUUAACCUAAAGUUGAUCCAUUCAUGUAAUGUGAUCAAGGUUACCUUAAAUCAGUUGAUUCAGGAUCAGACACACCCAGCAGCAAUUGCACAACAAAUCGGAGGUCAGAUGCCAGAGGGAAGCAUGUGGACCAGUGUGAGCCUCUGUUCUUCUUUUGAAGUUCACAAUGGUACAAUGAUCUCCAUUUCUCUUGACUGUGUUCGUGGAAGGAUCAAUCAGAUUGCUCACCAACGUGGAAUGGGCAUAUCAAUUUUGUGGAUCUCAUCUUAAAUUUUUUGGGGGAUAAGAAAAACUGAUGGGUAGCUUUGAAGGUACUCUGUGGACAUUGUAUACUAUUAAAUAGUUUGUGAAAAUGCACAAGGUUUUAUAGAAAUAUUCUUAUUUCAAGAUGUUAGAUUAUAUAUACAAAGAGAAGACUUUCUUUAAAAAAAAUCACCAACUUGCACUGUUAAUAUUUACCCCCUCUAAGAAAUUGGAUUCAAUUUGGGUUCUAGUUUUGACAGCAUAGUCAUAUUAAAUGCAGAAUUUGUGUAAAUAUCAUGAGAAAGUUAAAUGAAUAAAAACAACUUGCCACAGAAAUUCAGUACAUUUCAGUUCAGUUCCAACAACUCCUUUCACCAAGGUGAAAUUCAUGUGCAUGUUUGACCAUGGUGGAUUACUCAAGACUAGUUAGGUUGGCACUGUCAAGUUAAAAAACUCUUGCUAAAAUUUCAAAUUAAAUGUAAGUAUGAAGUUCAAUUUAU